AUGGUACAUGUCGCGACAAAUUUAAUUACAUCGAUUCUUUUAGGUAAUGAUUGGAUUAAUUCAAACCAUGUUCAUCUCUUUGGCGAUCAGAAUCAAUUAACUAUUCCUGAUCAACAUGAUCAAUUAAAUUUUAUUCCAUAUGUAGAACCAACAUGCAUUAAUUAUCCAGCUCUAUUAGUUCAUCAAAUUACUAUUCCUCCAUAUUCACAAGCCUUAGUUGAUAUUACAUGUCCAAUUAAUAAUGCUAAUGAUUUUAUAUUUGAACCAUACGAACGAACAUAUCGAACUGUCGGACGUCGUUCGACUUCAUAUUAUGGCGACGAGGAGGUCUCGGCGAGACCAAAACAAGCUUCAAAAACAUUCGGAUCCAUAACCCAUUGGUGA